AUGUUUGGGCAACAAGACAAAAUGGACGUUAGGUGCAAUUCCGAGAUUGAAGGCAACCGGGUCUCCAAGAACGGACAUAAAGAGGGCAAGGAAAGCAAAGGAUGCGAAGGAAAUAUUUCGGCUUCUUUUUUGAAGGAUCAACAGGGGACUUUUUCAGCUUCCGGCGUCUCCGAAGAUUGCAGUAAAAGUAAAUCGAGUUCCACUGAUCCGGAUUAUUGCAGAAGAAUACUCGUUCGAGAUGCCAAAGGUUCAAUACGAGAGAUUAUUCUCCCGAAAGGGCUCGAUCUGGACCGGCCCAAAAGGACCCGCACCUCCUUCACCGCCGAACAACUUUACAGACUGGAGAUGGAGUUCCAGAGAUGUCAGUACGUGGUCGGACGGGAAAGGACUGAACUGGCGCGGCAGCUCAAUCUCUCCGAAACUCAGGUCAAAGUCUGGUUCCAGAACCGGCGCACCAAGCAGAAGAAAGACCAGGGCAAAGACUCCGAGCUGAAGUCGGUGGUGUCUGAGACGGCGGCCACCUGCAGCGUGCUGCGGCUGCUGGAGCAGGGGCGGCUGCUCUCCCCGCCCGGCUUGCCCGGCCUCCUCCCGCCCUGCGCCACCAGCGCGUUGGGCUCGGCUCUGCGGGCUCCCAGCCUGGCCAGCGGCGCCAGCGGCUCGGCGUCGGGGGCUGCAGGCGCCUCCCCUCACCAGCCGGCUGUCAGCAGCGCCGCGGCCGGGCCAGCCCACCCGUCUCCUCCGGGGGGACACAACCUCUUCAGCCUGCCCGUGCCCACCCUGCUGGGCUCCGUGGCCAGCCGGCUCUCCUCCAACCCCUUGGCAAUGGCCGGAUCCCUGGCGGGGAACUUGCAAGAACUGUCCGCCAGGUACCUGAGCUCUUCCGCCUUCGAGCCCUACUCCCGGACCGCCAAUAAAGAAGGCGCGGAGAAAAAGGCCUUGGACUGA